GCCGUGCGGUGCCCGCUGCUCUGCCCGCUGCUCUGCCUGCUGCUCGGCGGGGCUCUGCCCGCCCGCAGGACGCCUUCCUUCUGCGGGGACGUGUUGGAGAACCGCCCGGCGGGCACCCGCGUGCGCGGGCUGAGCGUGCCGCUGACCCGCCUGGGGCCGGAGCCGUGGUGCGCGGAGGUGCGGGGCCGGCGCUGGCACCUGCAGCUGCUGGGCGAGGGCCACUCGCACUUCCGAGCGGCGCUGCACGCCCGCACGGCGCGGGUCUGGCUGCGCACCCGCCGGCCCCUGGACCGCGAGGCGCGCCCGCUCUACUCGCUGCGCCUGGCGCUGUGCUGCAAGCGCUGCGCGCCCCGCGGCGCCGCCCCCGCCGAACUUGCAGCCCUCACCGUGCGCGUCCUGGACGACAACGACAACGCGCCGCGCUUCGUGCCGCCGGCCGCGCCGCCGCCGCUCCGCGUGGACGAGACGCUGGCGCUGCGCUCCGAGGUGUGGCGGGCGCGGGCGGAGGACGCGGAUGCGGGCUCCAACGCGGAGCUGCGCUACUUCGCCCUCCCGCGCAGCGCGCACUUCUUCGUGGUGCCGCGCAGCGGGCGCGUGGUGCUGGUGCGCUCCCUGCUGCACCGCCGCGCCCCCAUCGCGCUGCUCCUCUACGCGCGGGACCGCGGCCGCCCGCCGCGGCUCAGCGAGCCCUUGCGCAUCGAGGUGCUGCCGCAGCCCGCCCGCCUCCCGCCGCCCCGCGCCGAACGGCGACGCCGUCGAGCCGCCCCGGAGCCCCGCACCGCGCCGGAACUCCGGCCCGCUCCGCCGCUGCCCCGCAUCGCGCCUCGCCCUGCCUCGUUACCCUGCCCCGCCCCGAUAUCCCGCGAUGCCCCGCUGCUGCCCCGCACCGCCCCGGUGUCCCGCACCUCUCCGCUUCUCCGCACCGUCCCGCCGCUGCCCCGCACAGCUCUGCUGCUCCACCCCACCCCGCUGCUGCCCCACGCUGCGCCCCGCAGCGCCCCGGAGCCCCGCACGCCUCUCCUUCCCGGCAUCUCUCGGCUUCUCCGCCGCGCCCGCCCCCGCCGCGCAGCCCCGCAGCUCCGCAGCGCGCCCCGGGCGCUCUCGGUGCCCGAGGACGCCCGCCCCGGCAGCCUGGUGGCCGCGCUGUCCCCGGCGCGCUUCCCCUCCGCCCGGUUCGAGCUGGUGUCGCCGCCCGAGGCGCAGUCGCCGGUGCGGGUGGAGCCGGAGAGCGGCGAGCUGAGGCUGGUGGCCGCGCUGGACAGGGAGGCGGCGGCCGCCUGGGAGCUCCUGGUCCGCGUCCGGCAGCGCGCAGGAAAGGAUUGGUACUUGGUGCCCUUGCUGCUUACUGUGACAGACGUGAACGACAACGUUCCAGAAUGGGUCAUGGAACCCUUCCCUUUCUCGGCCACGGUUUCCCCUGACGCUGCGGGAGGUACCAAAGUGUACAAGUUGCUUGCUGUGGAUGCGGAUGAGGGGAUCCAUGGAGCUGUAGAGUAUUUCCUUUUGGAAGGUGGUGAAGACAGAUUUGAAGUUGAGAAGGACACUGGCUGGAUUAAGACGACGGGUUUGCCGUUGGUGAGGGACAAGGAGUAUUUGCUGACUGUGCUAGCAGCAGAUAAACUGGGGAGCAGGGGGGCUCCAGCCUCCAUUUCUGUAAUUGCUGGAUCCCGGCCACCACAGUUCACCAACGUCUCAUACUUUGUUCAUGUUCCUGAAAGCACACCACAAGGAAAAGCCUUUCUUACAGUCACUGCUGUGUCAUAUCAGAACAAAUCUUUGAGCUACAGUUUGCUGACUAAUCCUAGUGGUCUGUUCAGCAUUGGUUGGGCGACAGGAGACAUCAGUUUAACACGGAGCGUGGAUUAUGAGAGUGACCCACACCAAUAUCUGCUUUUGGUCAGAGCCGAGGAGAAUGAGGAACAGUUCAGUAGUGCCGCUGAGGUUUUGGUUGUGAUCACAGAUGUGAAUGACUGCGCCCCCGAAUUUCAUCAGUCAAUUUACAGCAAAGUUGGUGUUCCUGAAACGGUUUCUAUGACAACUGCGCUUCUACAGGUGACAGCCACUGACUGCGAUUCAAAGGAGAAUGCUGAAAUACAGUAUUACACUUUGAGUCAAGACUUCAGUAUUACUCCUGAUGGUACUAUUUUUCCAGCCACACAGCUGGACUAUGAGCGGCCCGACCAUCUUCAUGAGUUCAUCAUUAUGGCUGUAGAUAAAGGGGAAGAGCCCAAGACUGGGACGGCAACUGUUAGGAUCCAUGUUUUGAAUGUCAAUGAUGAAGCACCUGAAUUUUCCCAGAAAAUCUACAGGAGCUUUGUUUCUGAAGAUGCGGGCCCAAACACACUCAUUGCUACAGUCAAUGCUGUUGACCCUGAUGGAGAUGAUGUGACAUACAAUAUUCUGUCUGGAAAUCAAAACGGAAACUUUGUUAUUGACCCUAAGAAAGGGCUAGUUAGACUUCGCUCAAGUCCGUUUCCUAAGCUGCAGGGGACUCAAUACGUACUCAAUGUCACAGCUACUGAUGAUAAUACCUCUGGAGGGCCCCAUUCUCUCACCAGUACUGCCCAGGUCAUCGUGAACAUAGAUGAUGUCAACAACAACAAGCCUGUCUUUCAGGAGUGUCAGUCUUACCAGGAACAGGCUUCUGUGUUGGAAAACCAGCCUCCGGGGACAGUUGUGCUGCAGGUUGAAGCCACUGAUGCUGAUGAAGGAAUCAAUGGUAUGGUGAAGUAUGGCUUGAUGCAUAGAGGUGGAGUCCUGCCAGCAUUUAGCAUCCAUCCUGACACAGGAGUUCUGACAACUGCUCAGGUAUUUGAUCGAGAGAAACAGAGGGAAUAUCCUAUCACCGUGACAGCAACGGAUCAGGCAGCGGAGCCGCUCAUUGGAAUAUGUCAGAUAAAUGUUAUCAUCCUGGACCAAAAUGACAAUGAUCCCAGAUUUGAAAACACCCGCUAUGAAUAUUUUCUAAGAGAGGACACAAGGGUUGGAACCAGCUUUCUUCGUGUUGCAGCCCGCGAUGAUGACUACAGCUUAAAUGCUGCCAUUACUUAUUCCAUAGCAAAUGAAGAACCCAAUUAUUUACAGAUUAAUCCUACUACAGGCUGGGUGUUUGUGAGCCAACCCAUCUCUCAGAGCUCAUCUAUAAUUCGAGAGAUUGUUGCCACAGAUGGAGGCAAUAGGAGCAGUAAAGUUGAACUUGUGGUAACUGUUACCAGUGCAGAAAAUCAGCCUCCACAGUGGGAAAGAGACAGCUAUGAAGUUGUUAUUCCAGAGAAUACCACACGAGAUACAUCAGUUUUGACAAUCAAAGCAACUUCUCCCCUUGGUGAUCCCCGUGUGACUUAUAAUCUAGAAGAGGGCCUUGUUCCAGAGACCAACAUGCCAAUUCGAUUCUACCUGACUCCGAAUAGACAUGAGGGUUCUGCUUCAAUUCUGAUAGCUGAGCCACUCGAUUUUGAAACAACAAAGCGCUUUCUGCUGAGGGUUCGAGCACAGAACGUUGCUGCAGUUCCUCUGGCAGCAUUCACCACGGUCUAUAUUAAUGUGACAGAUGUCAAUGACAAUGUCCCGUUCUUCACUUCAUCUAUUUACGAAGCCUCAGUAACAGAGGGAGCUGACAUUGGGACAUUUGUCGUUCAGGUGUCUGCCACCGACCUUGACCUUGGUCUGAAUGGUGAGAUAACUUACUCCCUGUUACAUGACAGUGGUAGGGACUACACGUAUUUUCACUUGGACUCACAGACGGGCUCAAUAUACACUGCCUCAGUGUUUGACAGAGAGAAGAAGGGGUCCUAUCUUCUAGAAGUCCAGUCAGUAGAUGGCUCUGAAUCAGCUCGACCUGGAAAGCGUGGGAAGCCAAACUCUGACACGGCCUACGUGCGCAUUUUUAUCAGUGAUGUGAAUGAUAACAAGCCGAUCUUCACUCAAAGUGUCUAUGAAGUAAACGUGGAUGAAGACCUGGAUGUAGGCUCGACUAUCAUUACAGUCAGUGCUAAUGAUGAAGAUGAAGGAACAAAUGCUAAAUUACGCUAUCAGAUCACAGCAGGAAAUACAGGAGGAGUCCUGAGUGUGGAACCAGAAACAGGAGCCAUUUUUAUUGCCCAGCCACUGGAUUAUGAAGAAACAAAAAUGUACGAGAUUCACUUGUUGGCCUCUGAUGGGAAAUGGGAAGAUUAUGCGGUUAUCAUCAUCAAUGUCUUGAAUAAAAAUGAUGAGACUCCAGUUUUUUCAAUCAAUGAAUACUAUGGAAGUAUAAUUGAGGAACUGGACGGGUUGCCAGUCUUUGUACUUCAGGUCAUGGCAAAGGAUCCUGAUAGUAGCAUGGGUGAAGGAGAUCUGAGAUACUCACUGCACGGGCACGGUGCCACUGAUAUUUUCACGAUGGAUGAGAAAACGGGCAGCAUUUACUCACACAAGAGGCUGGAUCGGGAAGAGAGAGCUAUGUGGAGAUUUGUUGUAUUGGCUACUGAUGAAGGUGGAGAAGGACUUACAGGAUUCGCCGAUGUAAUCAUUAAUGUGUGGGAUGUAAAUGACAACGCCCCCGUGUUCACAUGCAUGCCUGAUGGUUGCAACGGAAGUGUCUUUGAAAAUUCUCCUGCGGACACGUUUGUCAUGGAAAUGAGUGCAGUUGAUCACGAUGAUCCAAACGUAGGUCUUAAUGCUGUCCUGACUUACAGGAUAACAGAGAAUGUGAAAAAUGAGUUUGGCACUGACACAUUUCGUAUCAAUCCCAGUACUGGUACCAUCCACGUGGCAGGGGGAAUGCUGGACAGAGAGAGGACAGCAUGUUAUUUCCUUACUGUUGAAGUGAGAGAUGGGGGAGGGCUGACAGGAACUGGCACAGCUACUAUCUGGAUCGCAGACGUCAACGACCACACACCUAAAUUCACCAAAAAGAUGUGGCAGGCAACAAUUCCUGAAAACAGCGCCAUUGACUCAGAAGUGCUGAGAGUGUGUGCUUUAGAUGCUGAUGUUGGGGAAAAUGCAGACUUAACAUUCAGUAUCAUUGGGGGAGACCCAGACCAGAAGUUUUAUAUUGGGAAUGACAAAGAGUGGCAAUGUGCCUCCAUUCGACUGAAGAAAAGAUUGGAUUUUGAAAAUGCACGUGAAAGACAGUUCAAUCUCACUAUUACAGUGGAAGAUCGUGACUUUUCUAGUGUUGCACUGUGCCUGAUUGAAGUUGAAGACUCCAAUGACCACAGCCCCGUUUUCCUUUCUCAGUUUAUUGAGACAAGCCCUCUCUUUGAAAAUCUGCCUGUAGGUACUACAGUAGCCACCGUGACAGCUACAGACAAGGAUUAUGGUUUGAAUGGGAACAUUAUAUAUUCCAUAAAAUCAGAUUCAGAUCCUAUGAGACAGUUUGCAGUUGACCAGUAUGGUCAUGUGGUUGUGGCAAACACCCUGGAUCGUGAAGUCAUUCAAAAAUACAGCUUAAUUGUAGAAGCUUCAGAUCAAGGGACACCUGCCCGCACUGGGACCAUUACGGUUUUGAUUAAUUUGCUCGAUGUUAAUGACAAUGGCCCAAGGUUUGAGGCACCGUACAUGCCUGUAGUCUGGGAAAAUAUAGCGAGGCCUGAAAUAGUGCAUAUGAACCAUACAUCAACACUGCUUCAUGUGUUUGAUCCAGACAGUGAGAAAAAUGGUCCACCCUUUACAUUUUCAUUGCCACCAGAUUAUCAGAAUUCUUUGGAUUUUUCUCUUACUGACAACAGAAAUAACACAGCGACUGUAACUGCUUUGAGGUCCUUUGACAGAGAAAAGCAGAAGAUGUUUUACCUGCCAGUGGUUAUAACAGAUAGUGGCAUUCCAGUCAUGAGCACUACGAACACCCUGACUAUAACCAUUGGAGAUGAAAAUGACAACUGCCAUGAAUCUGGCCAUAAGGACAUCUACGUGUACAGUCUCAAAGGAAAAUGGUCAACAACAGUGCUCGGAGAAGUGUUUGUGCAGGAUCAAGAUGACUGGGAUAAUAAAACAUUUCUCUCUGAAGGAAAACUGCUCAAGUCUUUCAGGUUAAAUCAGAGGACUGGCUCUUUGAUGAUGGUGGAUAAUGCUCCUCAAGGAACAUACAACCUAAAAGUGAGAGUUUCUGAUGGAGUUUGUCCUGAUGUUAUAUCUACAGUACAAAUCCAUGUCAAAGAGCUGGAAAAUGAAGCCAUACGAAACUCAGCCACUGUGCGUCUGUCAGAUGUCACAGCAGAGGAGUUCAUCAGAAGAGAUGAACAUGGCAAAACGAGACAUGACAAGUUCAAGGAAUUACUGGCAAAAAUGUUACCUGCUGAGCUCAGUGAUAUCUCUGUCUUCAGUGUGAUGAACGUUGGUGGAAACCAGACAGAUGUAAGAUUUGCAAUCUGUCAUGGCUCAGCGUAUUACAGACCUGAGAAACUGCACGCUGAGAUAGCAGCAUUUAAAACUGAGGUGCAGUCAGCUUUACAACUGAACAUUUCCCAGAUCGAUGUAGAUGAAUGUAGGAGUGCAAACUGUACUGCGGGCAAUGGCUGUACAAACCACCUCGCCAUGAGCGACAUCCCAACGGUGAUGGAUACUGGAAGCGUGUCGUUUGUGUCGGUAACAACCACCGUGGAUGCGGUCUGUGGCUGUUCUGCUCGGGACCGCAUUCACCGGUCCUGCUCCUCCUACCCUCAGAGCCCGUGUCUCAAUGGUGGGAGGUGUAUUGACACUUUGAACGGUUACAGAUGUCUUUGUCCUGCUUCGUUCCAUGGCCCAGACUGCCAGCAGACGAAGCGCAGUUUCCAUGGAAAUGGUUAUGCAUGGUUUCACCCCAUCAGGCCUUGUUUUGAAAGCUUACUCUCUCUAGAGUUUAUUACUGUAGUUCCAGAUGGACUUCUACUCUAUAGUGGUCCUUUAUCAAAUCCAGAACCCCAGAGCACAGAAAACUUCAUCGCAAUAGAACUCUCCGGUGGUAUUCCUGUGCUGAAGAUGAGCCGUGGCUCAGGCCUUGUGAUGCUGCAGUUUCCAAGUCACCUGAAUGUAGCAGACAAAAAAUGGCACCAACUGGAAGUCAGAACCAGCGGUCAGGAUGUGCGCUUCACGUUGGAUCGGUGCAGUGCAGCUGUUGUUUCUGAGAUCGAAGGAGUAGGCAAGUGGCUGUCCACUGAGGAUCGCACAGACUGCGAGGUCUUGGGGUUCAUCCCACAAAGAGCAAGGUAUUUGAACGGGAACCAUGUUCUGCAGCUGGGUGGUGUAAAAGAAUCGUUACCGUAUUCCUACCCACAAUUGCUACACAAACACUUUUCCGGUUGCUUGCGCAAUUUUAUCUUGGAUACCCAGGUGUAUGACCUCCAGUCCCCCGCAGAGGCCCUGAAUAGCUUCCCCGGCUGCACGCUUACGGAUGGGAGCUGUGAGACCCUGGGCUCUUCUUCCUGCGGGAUUCAUGGGAGGUGCCAUGGAGACUGGGGCUCCUUCGCCUGUCAGUGUUUGCCAGGUUACUAUGGCUAUCGAUGCGAUAAAGUUGCCAAAGAAUACACGUUUGGGCCAGGAAGUUACAUUCGCUAUCAGCUUCCCAUCAGUGUGCCUGCCCGGAGGAUGCUGUUUGAAGCCAUGAUCAGGACGCGGCAGCCUGACAGUGUCAUCACGAGCAUGCUGUCUCGAAGUAAGGAUGAACACGUCACCCUACAGGUUGUGCAGGGAUUAUUAGUGGUCUCAUACAAUCUGGGUGAUGGAGACUAUUCUGUAAGCCUUCCCUCCUACCGCGUUGAUAACGGUGAAUGGCAUCCUAUCACACUGGAGCGAAAUGAAAAUGAAUUUACCCUUCGCCUUUAUGAAGGAGGUGGGAAGAGAGAAGUUCUGAAAGGAGCAGGAGCAUACAAAGAGAUUGUGAUUGACCCCAGCAGCUUGGUCCUUGGAAACACCUACCCAUUCAAUCUAAACAAGAGUUUUCAAGGGUGCAUGAAGGACGUCAGAUUCAAUAACUACAGGGUCCCUCUGGAUACUCACGCGAAGGAGCUGGUGUCAGUGUUAAGUGCCCAAGGCGUCACAGAAGGCUGUUCUUCAGAGGCUUGUAGGAAUAACCCCUGUAACCAGGAAUUUAUUUGUAUUGAUUUGUGGAUGACUUACAAAUGCAGUUGCCCUCCGGGACAUAUGACCGUGGAGAACGCCACGGGCACCCAGUGCAUCUACACUGCCUGUGCUGAGCGGCCCUGUAACUACGGUACCUGCAUCUCGCUGUCAGCGACCAAGUUCCAGUGCCGCUGUCCUGAUGGCUACGCUGGGCGUAACUGUGAAAUCACGCUGGCGAUCUUCCACAAGGAUACAGGCCUGAGUUUCAGUUCCAUGUUUGCCAUCUGCAUUUGCUUUUUGGCACUGUUAGCUCUGCUCACUGCUGCAUUCUUGUGGGCUCGCUGGAGGAGUCACAAAGGUCUGGACAGAGGAGUUUACCCUGUAUCUGCACAUCCUGAGGAUCUGGAGGACAUCAGAGAAAAUAUCCUCAACUACAAUGAAGAAGGUGGUGGGGAACAAGACCAAGACGCGUACGACAUGGCAGAGCUGCAGGUGUCCAUCCAAACCAGCCCCCCCUGUUCCCUCUACAAGAAGAGAGAAAACCCAACAAACCUGAGCAGUUUCUGUAGCGCUGCGUCCCCGAGGAUGCAGGAGGAGCCCCAAACACCAGCACCUGCAGAACGCGCUCUCGCUAGCGGAGACUUUGCUCAGCUCUUGUCCAAGGCUGUUGGAGAUGCUGAUCACCAUCCUCAGGCUGUGUCCCUGGACUCGUUGAGGGUGUUCUGCACCGAAGGAGAAGGCUCGGACGCUGGCAGCCUGAGCACCCUCUGCUCCUCUGGCCGGGAUGAGGGCACAGAGUGUGAUGACAUGACAGAGUGGGGGCCAAAGUUUCAGAAACUCAGGGACCUGUACUCACACAUGGAUGCAGAAGAUCUGUAGGCUACCAAGACUACUCUUGUCAAAGUGAGGUACUCGGUCAUUCACGUAGAGUGUGUAAGAAAAUAGAUAUUUUUGUCCCUGAGGCAAUAAAGGUCUCUCUGAGCCAUCCUACGUAUAGAAUCAUGAAUCAUUUAGGUUGGAAAAGACUUUUAAGAGCAUCAAGUCCAAUUGUAAACCCAAAUUCACCAUUGAACCAUGACCCUGGUGCUCAAAGCAUGAAGCAGCUGUGGGUGCUGUUUCCAGUAGAAGCUUUAGCAGUUAUUUGAAGAAACAAAGCAUGUUGUCUUUUCUUAGGGGGAUGAAGCCCGUGUUGUAUUAUACCCAUCCUGGUUCCCUGACUGAGCCUCAGGUACAGCCCCUGAUCCCUGAACGCAGUGCACAUGGAGCCCACACAUCCAGGGAAGGGAACGAAGCAGCAUGGAGAGUGAUCAUUAACUUAGGUUAUAAAUUAAUUAAAUCCAUUUAUGCUGUCAUACAAAUGCAGAAACUGAAUUUAGGCACAGCUCAUGAAGUCAGCUGCUUCUACCUCAAUACUGCCCUCCCUUCCCUUUGUGCCUGCAGCAGGGCUGGGGGUUCUGCAACCUGGAGGAAGGAAUUCCUUGACUUUACAGUUAAGGACCCUUCCGACCCAAACCAUUCCAUGACUCCAUGAGCCUCAGUAAUGGGGCACACUCAUUUGCAGCUGUCAUGUCCUAUUAAAACCUACUUUUCCUCUUGCUAGUGAUUAUUAAUUAGCGCAAUUAAUUUCUGGUUUAAUUUGCAUGCUACUCUUUUAACUACUGUGCAAUUUCUGAAAUCGCCCUUUCACGUGUUCCACAUUUCCAGGGACACCCCCCGACUCUUUCAGCCCCUCGACAAGAAGCUGUCGCAGCGCUGGCACUGCUCGAGGACAGGGCAGGAGAAAGCGUGGCAAUGGGCGAGGGGGGGAAUCAUGAAUAAAGGCCCUCAGUGGGUCCUUAGGUAGGGGGAUUUCCAGUAAUCUGGUUCUUUUGUUAAUCUUCUUCCAUGUUCUUUACAGACUUUAAACACAUAGUAAGAACAUUUAUUUAGCAUAAAAUAUUUGUAAAGGUCUGAAAUUUAAAUACUCGUAUGGAUAUUAGUGUUUAAUCUGCCUGCUCGUCAACUGCAUUAAUCUUUGUGCUUUUCUCCUUUUAAAAUACCAUUCCAAGCCCAUAACACGCAGCCAAGCCCCACGAAAGCCGAUUGUCCUUCGGCCUGCCCUGCUGGCUGGGACCAGCAGGUUUAGAAGGAAAUGGUGGCAGGAGGAGCAGGAUUAGGAGAACAGAAGAAAGUUGAGCAUUUUCUUAAUUAUAGGAAUGAUAAAGCCAUGGCUGUUUCCCAGGGGAUUUCGGUCAACAGCUUGCACUGCGCUGGUGGGAACGGCUGCUGGAGGAAGGGGGUUGGAGAAACCUGGUUCUCUGGAACCCAGAAUCCCCUCCACACGAGAAUGCCGUGUUAGGAGAACAUUCCAUGAAAUUAAUCUACAUCUGUCCUGGCUGUACGCGAUUACCAUGGGUGACACGGCUCCCCCGAGCCUCCCCUUAAGGGCAGAACCGCAGCAGAGAAGAUGACAGGCUGGAGCGCUGCCCGUACUGCUCAGCACAUCCCACCUCU